AUGUCGUACCUAGCCAGCGACUACGGGCAGUGCCAAUCCUCGAUGUUCUCCGUUGAGCGGCUGCCGGAUGAUCUGAAAGCUCUACACUUCUACAUUACGCGUAUGUUUCUCCCUCGAGCUGCUGAAACAACUACUACCCUUGAAGAAUCUGACCUCUGGAUUAUGUUCAACGCAAGGACAAGUUGCCCAAUCAGCUAUGCUUCCCUCAUGUUUAAUCACAUGAUUAAAUAUCGAGAGGAAGACUGCAGUGGAAAGAUCCCAUUUGGACCGCAAAUGACCUCAUUGCUGGCAAUUUUAGGGGUCGAUUUGUGUGGGAAACUCACUAACCGAGAGGUUCACGAUGACCUCCAAGCCCAGCAUGUUCUUCGCCACACGCUUCCAUGGCACUUGAAAAAUUGUAUAGCUCCUGAAUGUUAUGGAGGGGUGGGAGCAUUGUUUUAA